UAUAUGUUUGGUAUCGGAGUGGAAUAGCGUGUCCACACGGGAAGGAAGGAGGAUUCAUUCGAUUCAACCUGGGCCCCCUUCAUGCAAGUUAGGGGUACCUUCUCAAGGCCACUGCUGCAGGCCUUAUACUCAUGGAAACACUGCCGGAGGCACCAUAGGGGUGCGGUGGAUAACCAAGCUUUGAGAAUAACCUGAAGACAAGUUAAAACACCAUAAUCACCCAAAUAACUAUUGAGGACUAGAAUGUUCAUUAAGUGUUGUGUUUAGCUUUUUGUGCUUUUUUAGUUUGCUCCAUUAAUAUAUUCUCAGGAAAACCUGAGGAGUAACCAAUUGGUGGAACUCUAACCUGCCCGAACAAGUUAUUCACAGCCGUGUUGAUAAAAUAAAAAAUAACAUUUUUUUAAACACGCCUGUCAAAACAAAGUUACUACGAUGGCCGCAGAAGGAUAUCAGUACAGGGCGCUUUAUGACUACAAGAAGGAGCGAGUGGAGGACAUUGACCUUCAUGUGGGGGACAUCUUAACAGUGACCAAAGGGACCCUGGUGGCCCUAGGGUACAGUGACGGCCUGGAGGAAAGGCCAGAGGACAUUGGCUGGCUGCCUGGCUUUAAUGAAACCACUCAGGAAAAGGGGGACUUCCCAGGGACAUAUGUGGAGUUCAUUGGGAAGAAGAGGAUCUCUCCUCCCACUCCCAAGCCGAGACCCCCCAGACCCUUACCCGUGGCCCCGGGCUCCUCCAUGGCUGACUCUGGUGAUGAACAAGGCUCAGCCCUCCUGGACCUGACGGAGCAGUUUGCCCUCCCAGAGACGGCUCCUCCCAUGCUGGCCAGGCUGCUGGAGGCCAUCGAGAAGAAAGGUCUGGACAACCCAACGCUGUACAGGACCUUCACAGCCGAUGGUGGACUGGAUGUUAGACAGUGCUUUGACACUGAUCCUCCAUCAGCAGACCUGGACCAGAUGGACCUGCAGAUGCUGUGUGACGGUCUACGUCGGUACCUGCAGGAUCUUCCGCAGCCCGUCAUCCCACCGGCCAUCUACACUCAGCUGGUCCAAACCGCCCAAGAGGUGCAGAGCCCCAAGGAGUGUGCCCAGCUGCUGCGUUGCAUCGCCAGCACGCCCAGCCUGCCAGCCCAGUACUGGCUCACCUUCCACUGCCUGCUGCGCCACUGGUCCCGGGUGUGCCACAACGCGUCCAAGAACCUGCUCAGCUCCCGCGCCCUGGGCGAGAUCUUCAGCCCCAUGCUCUUCAGACAGCAGGCUGCCAGCUGCGAGCCCAGCCCGGAUGCUCACAUCAAGAUCAUUGAGACCCUUGUGACUAGCGAAUGGACAGAAGCACAGGCGGCUCCAGCCCUACCUCCCAAGCCACCAAAACCCACGCCCCCUGCUGUCACUAACAACGGUAUGAACAACAACAUGGCACUGCAGGACGCCGAGUGGUACUGGGGAGACAUCUCCCGCGAGGAGGUCAACGAGAAGCUGAGGGACACGGCCGACGGUACGUUCUUGGUCCGUGACGCCUCCACCAAGAUGCACGGCGACUACACUCUCACGUUGAGAAAAGGGGGUAACAAUAAGCUGAUCAAGAUAUUCCACCGGGAUGGGAAAUACGGCUUCUCUGACCCCCUGACCUUCAACUCGGUGGUGGAGCUCAUCAACCACUACCGCAACGAGUCCCUGGCCCAGUACAACCCCAAGCUAGACGUUAAGCUGCAGUUUCCCGUCUCCAAGCACCAGCAGGAUCAGGUGGUGAAGGAGGACAACAUCGAUGCUGUGGGGAAGAAGCUCCAUGAGUACCAUCAGCAGUACCAGGAGAAGAAUCGAGAGUACGACCGACUCUACGAGGAGUACACCAGGACUUCCCAGGAAAUCCAAAUGAAAAGGACAGCAAUCGAAGCCUUCAACGAAACCAUCAAGAUCUUCGAGGAGCAGUGCCAAACGCAAGAACGGUACAGCAAGGAGUACAUCGAGAAGUUCAGGAGGGAAGGCAAUGACAAGGAGAUCCAGAGGAUCAUGGGCAACUAUGAGAAGCUGAAGUCUCGUAUCAGUGAGAUCGUGGACAGCAAGCGGCGUCUGGAGGAGGACUUAAAGAAGCAGGCUGCUGACUACCGAGAGAUCGACAAACGGAUGAACAGCAUUAAGCCCGACCUCAUCCAGCUCCGCAAGACCAGGGAUCAAUAUCUCAUGUGGUUGACCCAGAAGGGAGUCAGGCAGAAGAAGCUCAACGAGUGGCUGGACAUCAGAAACGAGAACACAGAAGAUCAAUACUCUGUGGUGGAUGACGAUGAGGACCUUCCCCACCAUGACGAGCGCUCCUGGAAGCUGGGCAACAUCAACCGGCUGCAGGCAGAGGCCCUUCUCCGGGGGAAGAGGGACGGAACAUUCCUGGUUCGAGACAGCAGCAAGGCAGGGUGCUACGCCUGCAGUGUUGUUGUGGAAGGUGAAGUGAAGCACUGUGUCAUCAACAAGACGCCCUCAGGGUUUGGCUUCGCUGAGCCUUACAACCUGUACAGCUCGCUCAAAGAACUGGUCCUCCACUACCAGCACACGUCACUGGUCCAGCACAAUGACUCUCUGAAUGUGACACUAGCGCACCCCGUCUACACACAGCAGAGGCGGUGAGGACCCUACCGGCCAUUCAGUCGGACAGAAACAUCUAUAUCUUGUGCUCGGACUUUGGACUCAAGGAUUUAAAAAAGCUAGGCUGUGUCUUGCCUACUAACAUACAUACCUUUUUAAGAGAGGAAAGGACUAAAGACAACCGCAAAACGAAGCCUGAAAACAUUUCAGCGACUGUGAACUGACUGUGAGCAGUGGCGAGAGCCUGAAUGUAGUCUUGUUACUCUCGUGCUUAUUGUGGGAGCACAGAGUCAAGGUGAAACUGCUGAACUCUCUCCCCGAGCGGAGGACAUUGGAGGCCUUUUCCUAAUGGUGCUUGAUCUUUUCAAAGCUUUACCAGCUGGAAUGUCAAAACGCAGAUAAAACUUGAGUGCAUCAUUUUUUUCCUACCGUUCCUCCUCCUCUUUUCCCCCUUUUGUUUUUACUGUGUGUGUGUGUGUGUGUGUGUGUGUGUGCGUCCAUGUGACCAAAACUCACAGUAUCUGAAAGCUGUUUGGUGUUGGGGGUGUCUAAAACACCUGUGUGUUUAAGUGUUCAGUGACAGACCGUGGAUCAACUGAUAAAUGUAGCAAAAUGGCACUUUUGACAAAGUAUAAUUGUUUUAAUGAAAAACUCCUACGGACUUGUUGAAUCAAAGGAGCAAAGGAGAGGACAAGGUGGCAAGAAUUCCGGACUUUUCCCUUGCUAAGAAGUGCAGAGACUCAACUGUUCUCUGCUGUGGAUGAGUGAAAAUAUGAAAUGGACUUGAAAUGGAAAUACUUAAUUAUGUAUAUAUACAGAGGAGAAUGUCAGUACGACGAAAACCUACCAUACCAAAAAAAGCUCAGUUCCUUUUCAGUUAUAUCCUAAUCUGCUAUGCAAUUCUGUGUCUCCCUUAUUUCUGCAAAGUUGUGUUUUUAUUCUGUUGCAAACCCAUAAUAUAAGCUUGCUUGAAAAAGUGUAUUUUUCCCAUGUAAAUAUCCAAGAGGAUAUUUUGUGUCAAAAUGCCAAGAUAAAAACUGCUUCAGAUUUUUAAGAAAGUAAAUAAUAGGAAAAUAUACUUUAUUACAAAUUACUUUAUCAGCAACUGAUGAAAAUAUGAGUAUUUUAUUAGUACUUGAAACUGAUGUUCUUCUCAGGCAGAGAGCCUUUUGAGUAUUUGACAGCUGCUUCAGUCACAAUAAAUAUUUCUAACAGAGCCACAUGUUCUAGAUCUUAGUCGAAAAACAAACAAUGGUAGCAUCCCAAGUGGCAGCCUAUUCCUUAGAGGAUACAGGGAAUAGUGUGCCAUUUGAGACGUAGACUAUGACUCUUAAGUAUGAGCACUCUUAGCAUGGAAUGAUGGGAAUAUUUGUUGAUUACUGCAAUCAUAAUGGUGCAUGUUGUACUCAACUUUUCAACCAUCUCCAUGGAAACAACAGUAUAGAUUUAUUUUGUUAUAUAACCUUUCCCCUUCACAAGGAGAUCGAAGCAAAUCUGUGUUUUUAAAUGACGGAAAUUGUUAUUAAAAAGAUCAGUUGGGAGACAUUUGAUCUUCCCAUA